UGUAAAUAACAAACAGCUGAAUUUAAAAAUGGUCUAUUUCAGAAAAAUUUUAAAUAGUAUAUUUUUAAUGUGUAUUUACAAUUUUCACUUUGAUACAUCAAAUGCAAAAACGUUUGAAAUUGUCGUGAAAGGAAUCGAUAAAAGUUAUAAGUCUGAGUAUGUAGAUUUUACUGGUAUUAAAAUGCGGAAAUUAGGAAGAGGGAAACAUGUAGUUAAUGGAACUUAUAAAGUUUUAAAAGAUGUGGAUGGUGAAUUAUUAAGGACGAAUGUAAUUACUGCAAAAAGAUUCGGCUCUGCCUAUUUGGUUCAACCAUAUGCAUCUUGGAUGAAUAUUAACAAUUGCAAACAAUACGACGAUGAUAAAUUAUUUGUUCCAUAUUUUUAUCAACAUACAAAUACUCCACGUGGGUGUCCAUCUCCCAAGGGUCAGUGGGAAGUUUGGAAUUUAACUGCAGACCCAAAUUCGAUUCCAAGUGUCCUUCCAUAUGGUGAUUAUAAGAUCACAGUCCAAGCUCUACUAAAUGGUACAGAAGUAUGGAAGGGUGUUUUAGACUUUGUGAUUCAGCCAUCUUUAAAUUAGAAUUAAUUUUAUUAAAGUAAUCCUUAAAAAAUA